GUUCCGUCGUUCCGCAUAGCGGCGCGGGGUUUCUUCGUCGUUCUUUCCGGUUUGACGGAAAGACGACAGAAACUCGAGCUCAUCUGCGGAAGCGAUAGCGCUGGCUAUAAUACCAUAUCCUCAGUAGUCUCUACUUUCUUGGAUGUUGGCUGGUUGCUCUAUCUACUGUUUCUGGAAGAUAAGCUUUCGGAAGAAGUUCCGUGUCGCGGAGAGAAGUGCUGUUGAGCAUGUCGGACGUCCCUCCAGAUGCCGGGAAUGAGCUCGCACUAGAGCUCGCUCUCGAACGGAUCUCGAGAGUACGCGAUCUCGUCAGGUGCUCGACGGUGAGCAAAUCGUGGGCUGACGCCGUCGCGCGGACUGUUCUACGCAUUAAUGUGGAUUGUACCAGCGGAGGCAUUUUCGGUCCUGCCUGCAUUCCCGACGAAAGUGAUAAUGACGGGGAGUGCAGUGACGAGUACAAGGGCGAUGGGCUCACGUACGGGAGCUUUCUUAAGGCCGUUCGCGUGUUCCCCCAGCUGACGUCACUCACGGUCACCAGCAUCCAGCAAGCAUUCGGCGACGCGUUUCUGAAAACCCUAGCCUCCUCCUGCGCUGUUCUCGAAAUCCUGGACCUCUCCUGCAUGUGCUAUGGCGAAGGCGACGACGAGAUUACCAGGUCCGGGCUGAAUUCGCUGUUCGCCGGGUGCCCCCAGCUGAAACGGCUGUCGUUUCAUCUCGGCCACGUCAGCGCCAAGCGGAAGAUCUCGAACGUACUGACAACCACUUGCAGCGCUUCGAGCCAUCCUCGUCAUCAUCACGAUGACGUGGCGUGGAGCGAGUCCGCGCUCUUGAUUCCGUCCUCUAUCACGCUGCUGCCUGCUCUGGAGGUUUUGGAGAUCACAACUGACCGCUGCUUGGUCCUUGGACGGAUUUAUGACCCCCCAACCGGAAAUACGGCCAGUCAGAUUCGGCCAGGAUGAUUGAUCAUCUCACGGUUGACUCUCCUACAGAUUCUUCGCCAAGCUUGCAACGCUUCCUCCCUCCCUCCCUCAUCCAGCUUCAAUUGUUGUCGUCUCACCACAUCGUCCUUCCUGGCAUCUCCACCCAUCAUUCAAGUAAACGUUCUGACAAUCCAAACCAGCCUAGUACUACUGCUCUCCAUUCAAUGUCACCCUCUCUUCCCCAACAUAACCCACCGUCUCUGUGGGCUGGACUCAAAUCUGUGAGACUCGGCGUUUGUUGUGACGGUUUGGUUCCAGCGCUUGCUCCGCUCUUCAGACAGGAGCUGACGUCACUGAGCCUUUCAGCCAACCAUGCGACCAGAUGUAACAUUCGGAGCCACGCUGGUGGUUACCCUACUCCUAUUGCUGCUGCAGCUGAUGCGUCUGGUGGAAUUCAAGCUUCAAGCAGCAAGUUUGGUUUUCUUAAGGAGCAGUCUUGCAGCAGAGUGGUGCUUCCGACCAAACAGAGCAUUUCAGGAUUCCGCAUCAUUCAAGCGGAGACAGAAAUAGACUCCCUCAUUUCCAUGCAUCCUUCUCCCACAUUCUCUUUCACUGCACUCUCUUCCUCAUUCUCUUCCGCUUAUUCCCGUCUCCUCUCACUUCACCUGGAUCAGUGCCCCGACCCCGCUCUCCCUCCCUCUUUCCUCCCCUCUCUCACUCGCCUGACUGCCCUUUCCUUCUCCCACUGCCGCCAUUUGAAAGCCCUGCCGCCUACCAUCAACCUCCUCUCCGCCCUCACAUCCCUUCACAUGCACUCCUGCCAUGCUGUGGACUCCCUCCCCCCUGAAGCCCUCUGUCUGCCGGCACUCAGGUCCCUGCGUCUCACCAACUGCAGGAGACUGGAAAGUGUCGGAAAAGAUAGUGGAAGUGUGGGGAAUGUGGGGGUUGCUGGUGGGAGUGGUGACGGCUGCAGCAGCCCGCUUGCAAUACAGGAGGUGACGUUGCGGGGAUGUGUGGGUUGCGGUAUGUCAAUUGGGAGCUUUUAUUGUGGAAGACUCUGCAGGGUUUGGCGGAAGUGAUGGUUGAUGUGAAUGUGGAAGGAUGCCUGGAGUUGAGGGGCAUGGAGAAUGUCAUGCGUAUGCUGGGGAAGACUUUUGGUAGUACGCUUUUUCUUAGAGAUGGAUCAACUUGGAACUCCAAGGUAAGACCUUCGUGCCAAAGCCCAGCCGGCGAGGCAUUUGGUGGUGGGAAUAGAUGCGUUAUGAUCCAGAUGUAAAUGAUGUAUGAAAUGGAGGGUUGUGUCAUGUUGGUUCUGCAAG